AUGUUGCAAACGAGUGGCUCUCGUCGUACCAGGUCUGAAAUAGAAGACGCCGACGAUAGCGAUUCGAUGCGAAGAACUCGAAACUCAACACCAGAUAUUAAUUCAGCGAAACGUGCCCGCACUAAUGGCUAUCACGCAUCACAAUCCACUUCAAACCCACCCUCUCACCAACCGCGUAGCAGAACACAGGAUGAUGGCGUGGAAGACGAAGAUUCGGAGGACGAUGGAGAGCAUACCGAUCCAGAAGCAUUUCAACCCGGUGCUAUCGUUCGUGUCAAGGUUGCAAACUUUGUAACAUACGAGAAAGCCGAGUUCUUUCCUGGACCAAAUCUCAACAUGGUGAUCGGACCUAACGGUACAGGAAAGAGCUCACUUGUCUGUGCAAUAUGUCUGGGACUAGGAUUUUCCCCUAAGAUCCUCGGCCGAGGCGAAAGUUUUGCCGAAUUUGUCAAACAUGGCGCGAGUAGUGCGGAAAUCGAAAUCGAAUUAUACAAAAAGCCGGAAGAGCCAAGAAACCGAGUCGUUCGUGUCAGACUUACUCGCGAAGGUAACAGCAAAGACUGGUGGAUAGAUGGGAAGAAGUCGUCCCCCGGUGCGGUCAACAGCCUUGUUAAGAGUAACAAUAUUCAAAUCGACAACUUAUGCCAAUUUCUUCCCCAAGAUAAAGUCUCCCACUUCUCCAGAAUGUCAGCUGUCGAGCUGUUGCUACAAACUCAACGUGCCGCGGCCCCAGAGGAAAUGAUUGACCAACACGAGAAGCUCAAAAGGUACAGGAGGGAACAAAAAACCGUGGAGCAAGCUACCGAAGCAGACCGGGAGCGCUUAACUGGUCUUGAAAGUAGACAAGAAAAUCUGCGUGCUGAAGUCCAACGGUUAGAGGAAAGAAACCAGGUCAUAGAAAAAAUCGAUGUCCUGAAGAAGACGAUUCCAUUUGUGGAUUAUAGUAAUGCGCGUAAAGAACAUUUGGAGUUCAAGAAGAAGAAAGAGGCCUCCCAAAAGCGCUUCAGGCAAUUAGAGCUUGAAGUAAAUCCCACCCUUAAGGCCGCCGAGAAAAAGAGAGCUUAUCAAGCCAAAAUUGCUACGGCGGUGAAAGCUCGACAUAAGGCUGUCGAACAGGCGGAAGGCGAUGCUCAGCGGGUGGCUAGCAAGAUGGAAGCGAUAGAUGAUCAGCUCAGCACGGCCAUUAGUUCAAUCGAAGCAGAGCGUUCAGCCUUCAAGGCGAGGCGACAAGAAAUACAGGCGUUGCAAAGAAAGAUCCGCGAAUUACAAGCGAAAUUUGAUAACGAGAAGCCUGUGGAGUUCGACCCCCAAGAAUGGAACGAGAAGAUUCAAGCCAAAAGGAGGGAAGUUCGAGACAAGAAUACUGAAAUAGAGGAGCUGAGAUCCCGGGUUGAAGCCCUCAGAGAGCAAGCAACGGAAAAUCGAAAUAGACAAGCGGAGAAGGAGCAGCAACUAGCUGCUCUCGACACACGCGAAGGCCAACAAAUGAACAAGCUUGAGGCAGUCUCAACAGAAACCCACAAAGCAUGGAAGUGGGUGCAAGAACACCAAGACGAGUUCGAAAAAGAAGUUUAUGGGCCGCCUUUGAUAACAUGCUCCGUAAAAGACCCUAGAUACACGAGCGUCAUUGAAUCUCUCCUCCAACCUGACGACUUUUUGGCUAUAACCGCACAAACAGACAAUGAUUUCAACAAACUGAAUAGGCAGCUCCUUGGCAAACCCAUGUCACUCGCAUUUGUGCCAUUGAGAAAGGCGGACGGGGCCGUUCAACGACAUCCAGACAUACCCUCCUCAGAGCUACAGAGAUAUGGGUUGGAUGGCUAUGCGCUAGACUUUAUAGACGGCCCGGAGACAGUACUUUCUAUGCUCACAUCUGCUAAAAGCUUACACAAAGCUGCUGUAGCGUUGAACGAACUAAAUGAAGAACAAUACAACACCAUAUUAGCGACGAAGAAAAUCGUUAGUUUUGCAGCUGGACGAAAUAAUUACACUGUAAGAAGACGAGCUGAAUACGGAGACGCUGCCGUGUCAACCGCAACGAAAGGUGUCCAAGCAGCCAGAUACUGGGUCGAUCGCCCUGUUGACGUCUCGGCCAGAAGAGAACUACAGACAGAGAUAGAUACUCUGCAGCAAGAGUGGGAAACUCUUAGAGCGCCGGCUGGUGAGAUCAAAGAGAGUGUGAAGCGUUUGCAGGCUGAGGCAAAGACUGCCGAAGAAGAAGCUGCGAAACUCACCAAGGAAAAGGGGGCGAUACAAUCAGCUCGAAGCGUUCUUUUGGCACUUCCAAACAAAAUUAAACGUGAUGAAGAGGAACUGGAAGCCAAAAUGUCUUACAUUACUGAAUUCCAGGCCAGCGUCAAGCGAAACUUGAAUCAACAGGAUGGAUUCGUUAUGAAAAAAUGCGAAGCUGCCCUGCAAUACCGAGAUCAGGUAGUCAAAAUUCGGCAAUGCCACCAAGAGCUGCUGGAGGCUGAAAUCAGAUACAUCGAGGCCAAGUCAGAUGCUGAUUCGCUUGAGGCGAAGACUGAAUCCAUCAGGCAACAUGUGGAAGAUGAGCGUCAGCAAGUCAUUCAGUUGGAAAGGGAGGCUCAAAGAGUCAAGGAAAGGGCGAAGAAUGCGCUGGCCGCUUGUAACGAGAUCGCUGCCAGUGUAGAGAAUGCGGAAUACUAUGCUGAACAAGUCGAACGCGGGUUGACAGUGGAAGGAUUGGAACGCGAGAUCGUAGCCGAAGAAGCUAAACUUGAAUUCAUCCAUGCAACUAAUCCCAAUGCCAUUCGAGACUUCGAAAGGCGCCAACUGGAGGUGGAUAAGAUGAAAGACAAAAUCGGCGAAGCGGAUGAGAAGCUGGAAAAGCUUAACAGGAAAAUUACGCAAACUCGAAGCAUCUGGGAGCCUGCGCUCGACAGUCUCAUCCGCGAGAUUAGUGACGCCUUCUCGUACAAUUUUGAGCAGAUAGGCUGUGCUGGGGAAGUUUCUGUUGCCAAGAGCGAGGACUUCAACGACUGGGCCAUCGAGAUAAAAGUCAAGUUCAGAGAAAAUGAAACCCUCCAAAUUCUGGACGCCCACCGCCAAUCCGGCGGCGAACGUUCCGUCUCGACCAUCUUCUAUCUCCUCGCCCUACAAUCCCUCGCUCGCGCCCCUUUUCGAGUCGUCGACGAAAUCAACCAAGGCAUGGACCCCCGAAACGAGCGAAUGGUCCAUGAACGCAUGGUCGAAAUCGCAUGUCGAGAACAUACCAGCCAGUAUUUCCUCAUCACGCCGAAAUUGCUCACGGGUCUACGCUAUGAUAAACGUAUGAAGGUGCUGUGCAUUGCGAGUGGUGAACAUAUGCCGGAUGAUUAUAAACAGCUGGAUAUUAAUAAGAUUAUUGGGAUUCGGAGGGCGAUUAUGGCGGCUGGGUAG